UAAUAUGGCGUCUCCCACAGAGCGGAGUAAGAUAACACGAGCCGGGCCCGGGCAAACUCGCGACCUACCGCCGCCGCUGCUCGAUUCGGUGGAUGAUGCCGAGGGCCUCUACGUGGCUGUGGAGCGCUGCCCACUCUGCAACACCGCCAGAAGGCGCCUUACCUGCGCUAAAUGUAUCUUGGCCGGAGAAUUCGUUUACUUCGAUAGUAGGAACUCGGAGAGGUAUGUUGACAAGAUGGAACGGUUAAAACACUUGAGGAAUGAGAAAGAAAAAUAUCAGCAACAAGUUUUAAAAGCUAUUGAAGGCAAGUGGAAAUCUGAUCAGCUGAAAUGGAAGAUUAUGUCGUGCAAAAUCAGGAUUGAACAGCUAAAGGAUGCAAUAUGUUGUGGGAAUGCGGAAGUCCAAAGAGAGAAGGAAUUAGUAUGUAAAAAUCAGGAAGAUAACCAAAAGUUACAGCGUCGGGCCCAACGGCAUCAGGAAAAAAAGGACAAGAUUCAGAGACUCAUCCGUAAACUUGGUGAUUUGGUUGAGAAGAAAAAUGUUGAGUUCUGGAAUCGACAAGAACACCUCGCCCGCAACCGCUGGAAACAUGUCCUUGAACUGACGCGUCUGAUUUUCCCACUACAAGAAGUGAAAACAGGAAUGAGGGAUCCAGCAGAUGCAACAUUUGAAUCUGACAGUGGCAUGACUUCUAGUACAGUGAGUGAGCUGGCAGAGGCAAGGAGAACUACAUAUCUCUCUGGUAGAUGGAUCUGUGAUGACAACAAUGGAGAAACCAAUAUAGGGAUUGUAGGCCGCUGGAUCUACUUGCCUAGCAACGGAGAUUAUUCGGCUUAUUACAAUUGGGUGGAAGAAAAAAAGACUGCACAAGCACCAGAUAUGGAGCAAAGUAAUCCUGCCUAUACCAUCAGUGCAGCACUGUGCUAUGCCACACAGCUAGCAAAUAUACUGUCUCACAUUCUUGAUGUAAAUCUUCCAAAAAGACUUUGCAACAGUGAGUUUUGUGAAGAGAAUAUGAGCAGAAAGAAGUUCAUUCGAGCGGUGAAUAAGCUAAACACAAACAUCCUACAUCUCUGUUUUUCACAGCACGUUAACCCUGAGCAGUUGCAUCCCUUGCACACACUCCGAAAUAUUAUGCAUUUGGUUAGUCCUGAAAAUAAAAGCCUGGGCAGAUCUGGGCCUUUUGAAAUCAGUGCUGAUCUUGAAGAUUCCAUGGAGCUAGUAGACCCAAGUAUUGCUGCUCAGACAGAUGAAAGUGGUGAUGAAUAUAUAACUGAUGAAGAAACUGAUUUGGGAACAGAUUGGGAGACUGUACCUAGUCCUAAAUUUUAUGAUAUCCCUUCUCAGCCCAUAGAAGUACUACAAAGUCAAGCCAUGCUAGUAUCUCAGCCACUCAGCAAUAGCAACAGUACGGGUGGUAUGAUCUCUUCUGCAGCAGCUUCUGUUACGUCGUGGUGGAAACAAUAUUAUGGACAUCGCUGAUUUGCUGCAUAGGAUCACAAACUUCUAAUAAAAUGAAAAGGUGUGGAAACGACACUUUGAAUAGUGCCUAAAAAAAACUAUUGUAUAGCUCCAAAGCAAAAACCACAAAGCUGCAACUGAUGAGAUUGUUGGGUAUGAUGGAACUAUCUUCUGUGCAAGUCAAUCUGUUUGAAACAUUUAAUUGUUGAGUGAAAAAUCAUCAAGAGCACUUUUUGAUAGAAGUAUUACACUUUUAUAGAAAAGUAAGUCUCAAUAAAUUGACUCUCAAUCACUUAUUAAUCUUGAGCUCGAUAAGCCAGGCCUUCCCUUCAAGUACACUAAACUAGCAGGCAGAAGAGUUUAGUGUGCAGUAUGUAAUUGUACUUUCAAGUUCACUAUAAAAUCAGUCAGUCAGGUUACCUCUGACUGUUUUACUUGAUUUUGCAGUUAAGUUAGCCUGAUGUGCACACUAACAAACACCAGCUUUGGUUUAUCACAGACCUGAAGUGUUACCAAACAGAAGGCCUAUUGGUCCAGUCAUUGCUACACCCCCUCACCAGCCAAAUAUCUUAAAAUUAGCAAAGUUACAUUUCUGUAAGUUUUUCCUCAUUUGGUUUGUCAAAACUCUUCAAAUUUUGGCUUCCUGUUAAAUAUUCCUGCACCUUCUAUAUUUCCUUCCAGUAAGUUUCCUCUGCAUUUUAUAUCCUUACCAUCCUUUAUACUUCAGGUUGGACCAAAGCAGUAUACUUUGAAGUUUAAACAUAAUUUCUUUUUUUAUAUUGAUUUGCCUGUUAGUAAAGCCACAAAUCCUAUACAUAUCACAAUAGCCUUCUGCACUUGUUCUUCCAACUUUAUAAUUGUGUGUACACUGCAAGGUCUCUUUCUUCAUGUAGCUUUAAGAUGGCAAUUCUUGUCUGAAUAAGGGGCAACAGAAAGGCCUGUUUUCACACUAGGGAUUCUGAUUUGUUUAUGCCUUUAUAAAGAUGUCACUAAAUUUCUCAUUCUUCAUUAGAUUGAGUUCUGUAAACUUACUUUCCAUGCUGCUGCAAGUACAGAUCAUUAUUUCAAACAUAAAUUAGUUUCCAACACUAAUC